CAAACGUAUCCUUCUCCAUUCACAUCUUGUCGAACUUGACCUUCUUGCAAGGGAUUAUUGAGUGAAUUCUUGGAUUAAUAUUGGUUUUAUAUUUUGGAAACUUUUUGAACAGCUGUGAAGAUAAGAUACAGCAUAUCAUAAAACAUCUCGUGGUUUGAAAAUUUCCGUUGUCUCGACAUAAGAACAUCUAUAUUACAUUCUUUUCAUUGACUGUAAAUAUAUAGCGUGAAUUCAUUCUUUUCUUUUUAAAAAAAAUUUGGAUAUUUUAAAUAAAAAAUAAGAAGGAUGAGCACCAAUUUUGAAAAAAUCGCUCAUGUUGCUAGAGGGAUGCUGAAGGAUCCUUCCAAAAAGUACAAGCCUUUCCAGGGUGUGCAUUUGCCUAAUCGACAAUGGCCUGGUCGUGUUAUUACCAAGGCACCUAGAUGGUUGUCCACCGACUUGCGUGAUGGCAACCAAGCUUUGCCUGAUCCCAUGAAUGGCGAGGAAAAGUUGAAGUAUUUUAAGCUUUUGUGCAACCUCGGAUUUAAAGAAAUUGAAGUUGGAUUCCCUAGUGCUUCUCAAACGGAUUUCGCUUUUGUUCGUCAUUUGGUUGAAACUCCUGGUUUGAUUCCUGAGGAUGUCACAAUCUCUGCUCUUUCGCCUUCUCGUGAGCACUUGAUUAAUCGUACCAUUGAGGCUCUUCGAGGCUCCAAAAAUGCUACUUUGCACUUGUACAAUGCCGUAUCUCCUUUGUUCCGUGACGUUGUAUUCCGUAACUCCAGGCAAGAAACCUUAGAGCUUGCAAAGAAGGGUGCAAGGGCUGUCACUAUGGCUACAAAGCAUGCUGCUGAAUCUACACCAACCAAUUGGGGUUUUCAGUACUCUCCGGAAACAUUUUCCGAUGCCGAACCUGAUUUCUCUUUGGAAGUCUGUGAGGCUGUAAAGUCUAUUUGGAAUCCUUCUACUGCUAAACCCAUCAUCUUCAACUUGCCUGCUACCGUCGAAAUGUCUACCCCAAACACAUAUGCCGAUUUAAUUGAAUACUUCUCCACCAAGAUCAGCGAGCGUGAAAAGGUUUGCGUUUCUCUUCAUCCCCACAACGACCGUGGUACUGCUGUUGCUGCUGCCGAACUUGGUCAGUUGGCAGGUGCUGACCGCGUUGAAGGCUGUUUGUUUGGUAAUGGUGAACGAACAGGUAACGUUGACUUGGUGACCUUGGCAUUCAACUUGUAUACCCAGGGUGUCUCUCCCAACUUGGACUUUUCCAAGUUGGAUGAAGUAAUCCGUAUCACGGAAGCUUGCAACAAGAUUAACGUCCAUCCCCGUCAUCCUUAUGCUGGUAACCUUGUUUUCACCGCCUUCUCUGGAUCUCACCAAGACGCUAUUUCCAAGGGUUUGAGAGCAUACGACGAUCGUAAGAACGUUGACCCUACCUGGAAGGUUCCAUACUUGCCUUUGGACCCUCACGACGUGAACUCUGAAUAUGCCGCUAUUAUCCGUGUCAACUCUCAAUCCGGUAAGGGUGGUGUUGCCUAUUUGUUAAAGACCAACCGUGGUCUUGACUUGCCUCGUGCCUUGCAAGUUGAAUUUGGUGCAGUUGUGAAGGAUUAUAGUGACAACAAGGGCAAGGAAUUGACUAUUGGAGAGAUCAGCGACUUGUUCAACACCACUUAUUUCCUUGAAUUCCCUGGCCGCUUCUCCUUGGACGACUAUACCUUGAGCAGCAAUGGUCCCAGAAGCAAGUCUAUCAGCUGCGUGGUUGAUGUAAAGGGAAAGAAUGCUGGUCGCUGUGUGAUUGAAGGUAGUGGCAACGGUCCUAUGUCUGCAGUUGUAGAUGCCAUGCGUCGUCAAUUCAACAUUGCUUUUGAUAUUGGACAAUACUCUGAACAUGCUAUCGGAUCCGGAAACUCAGUCAAGGCAGCUUCUUAUGUGGAGAUCAAGUGCAACAACAAUUCCUUCUGGGGUGUUGGUAUCGAUGAUGACGUUACUUCCUCUGGUUUGAAGGCUGUCAUGUCAGCAAUUAGCCGUGCUGCUACAGAAGUUGCAAAGUAAGACGAAUCGGAUCUUACAGUGCAGCUCGACGACGACGUACUACACGUUGGAAAGAAGAAACAAUACAGAAAAAAAAGAAAGAAAAGGAGAAAAAGAAAAAGUAACAAAUAUUGUCUAUAUGUGUAUUUUUCAAAGGCUUGCUUUCUAUAAUUUCUGUAAUUCGAAACGUUUUUAUGUGAGUUGAUCCAUGUGCGUAUGACUUUUUUGCGAAUAACAAGCAAGCAGCACAUGAAAAGCUCCAGAAAGUAUAAUGAAGGAGUAUGUGGUUUGUUAUUAUAUAAUGUAUAGUUUUUACUUCUUUAUUUAUUUUUAUUUGUUUAUAAUUUCUUUUUAUUUUUCCUCACAUAAUCUAUAGUAGUACCUUG